AUGGUACAGGGGGAUGGGAUGCACAUUCUCCGGCAGCUGAUGCAGCUUGAGCAGGAGAGGGCGGUCUAUAUGGCCGGCCGCCGCGCGCUCAGCGAGCGCCGGGGAGAGAGUGUCGUCGUCACCGGUUGCUACUGUGGCAACCCCGCUGAGGGCGGAGUGCCAGCGCUCACCCACCCCCUCGGUCAGCCAGGCUUCAGAGACGGCGCAACCCAGGAUCUUGGCCGCCUGAAGCCCCAGGGUGGAGGGGCCGGCGCGGAGCGGCGCAGGCGAGGGGCAAGCGUCGUCGAUGGCCUGCAGCUUCAGCCUGCUCCUAGUUGCGCGGAGGAGUUGCACCGUGGCCAGGACUGGGGCUGCCAGCGCCGCUUCGGUGAUUUCUUGGUCACCUCUACUCCUCAUGCAUAUCUGGAGGUCACCGCGUGUGAGCCUGACACCCAGGCCGGACAUGCUGCUUGA